AUGCUUGCCUUCGCUCCCCGUCUCGCCGUCCGUUCGCUGCCGCGUGCCGUGCCCGCGCUCCGCGUGGCGCCCGCGGCGCGCCGCACGCUCCUCACGUCGGCGGUGCGCCGCGGCGUCUCGACGCGCUACACGGCCGAGCACGAGUGGGUGCGCUUCGACGACGCCAGCAACGUCGGCACCAUCGGCAUCACCGACUAUGCGCAGAACUCGCUCGGCGACGUCGUCUUUGUCGAGCUGCCCGCCGAGGGCUCGCAGGUCAAGAUGGGCGAGCAAAUCGGCUCCGUCGAGUCCGUCAAGGCCGCCUCGGACAUCUACAGCCCCGUGUCGGGCGUCGUCGAGAGCGUGAACACGGAGCUCGGCGACCAGCCGGGCCUGCUCAACAAGAGCCCGCUCGAGAACGGCUGGCUGUGCCAGAUCAAGCUGGCCAACCCGUCCGAGUUCACGACGCUGCUCGACGAGGCGGCGUACAAGGCGCUGUGCGAGGAUGCCUAG